GGCACACGCUCCUACACGCAACUAAAGGUAGAAAGAAGUCCAGAGUGCAACUGCUCCGCGGAGCAAAAUGAUUUUAUUUUCGUUGUGAGCUCAAUUUCUAUUAAGUAUUGUCUGAAUACCAAACAUCUCACAAGAAGUGCGCUCUAUUUCGCACGUGAUUUUUUUUUUCUUCUUGUUUUGGGAUACAAGACAUUUUUCCUCUAUUGGAUAUCUGGCGCUGUCUGCUAUACUUUCAUAGCAGAAGAAGAAACACUUCCCGCAAUGGCUCAUUUGUUAUUCACGUGUUUUUUGGCGUUGAUAUCAACGCAACUGGUCGAGUCGUCCGGUGUGUUUGAGUUGAAAGUACACUCCUUCAGUAGUACCCGAAAUGUCUGCAAACGGUCUAGGGACUGCCAGAUAUUCUUCCGAGUCUGUCUUAAACAUUCCCAAGAUGUCAUCUCUUCUGAGCCCCCCUGCACAUAUGGCAUGGGACUGACCGAAAUCUUCAGUGCUGACCAGAGCGCCAUCUCCAGUAGCGCACCCAUCAGAGUGCCUUUCCAUUUCAAGUGGCCGGGUACAUUCUCGCUUAUUGUUGAAGCCUGGAACGCAGAGUCCUCGGACGGCCAGUCCACAGAAAACCAGAAUAACUUGAUCAGCCGCUUGGCCACCCGUAGAAGACUAGACAUUGGCGAGGAUUGGUCACAGGAUGUGCAUUUUGAAGAGCAAAGUGAACUUCGUUAUUCUUACCACGUUGUCUGCGAUGAACACUACCACGGUGACAGCUGCUCAGACUACUGCCGUCCCCGUGACGACCCAUUCGGACACUACACUUGUGAUGCCGCGGGCGCCAGAAUGUGCCUGUCGGGUUGGAAAGGAGAAUAUUGCUCAGAAUCCAUCUGCUCGUCUGGCUGCAAUGAGAAGCACGGUUAUUGUGAGGCCCCAGGCGAGUGCAAGUGCCGCCUCGGGUGGCAGGGACCCCUCUGUGACGAGUGCGUCCGCUAUCCUGGCUGCUUGCAUGGCACCUGCGGCCAGCCGUGGCAGUGCGACUGUAAAGAGGGCUGGGGAGGACUGUUCUGUAACCAGGACCUCAACUACUGCACCAACCACAAGCCCUGCACGAACGAUGCUCCCUGCACCAACACAGGCCAGGGCAGCUACACCUGUACCUGCAGGCCGGGCUUCAGUGGCAACAAUUGUGAGAUCGAAACCAACGAGUGUGACAGCAACCCCUGCAAGAAUGGAGGCAGCUGCGAUGAUCUUGAGAAUGACUACACCUGCACCUGCCCCCAAGGCUUCUACGGGAAGAACUGUGAGAUCAGUGCGAUGACCUGUGCCGAUGGGCCCUGCUUCAACGGUGGCACCUGCAUGCAGCAGGUGACCGGUGGUUACUCCUGCCGCUGUCCUGCCGGCUACAUGGGCUCCAACUGCGAGAAGAAGAUUGACCGCUGCAGCAAUGGCCCCUGUGCUAACGGACCGCCGCGCCAUCUUCCUGUUCAAGAGAGCACAGCACAACAAGGUGGCCAGUGCCUGGAUCUGGGCCACAGUCUGAUGUGCCGUUGUCGUCCUGGCUUCACUGGGCCGCGCUGCAAGAUCAACAACGAUGACUGUGCCCACAACCCAUGCCGCAACGCCGGUACCUGCGUGGAUGGCAUCAACGACUUUACCUGCACCUGCACCCUGGGCUUCACCAGCAAGGACUGCAGCAUCCGUGCCGAUGCAUGCUCCGUCUUCCCCUGCCAGAAUGGAGGCACCUGCUACACCCACUUCACCGGACCCGUGUGCCAGUGCCCGGCCGGCUUCAUGGGAUCCCGUUGCGAGUUCAGCCUCAAACCCACUGCCAAGCCCAAGGCAGAUGGUUUGCCUGCAGCCUUGGUUGUCUCCUUCGCCCUGGGCCUGGUCACCCUCACCCUGGUGGUGUGUGCUGUCAUCGUGGUCCUAAGCCAGAUGAGGCAUGGGCGGAAGGCCACGGCGUCUUCUGUUCGUAACGACCUGGAGACUUUCAACAACCAGCCCAUAGGUGGUCCCAACCCCCCGUCCAGCCUCCGAGAGAAGGAAGCCUUCCUCAUUCCUGGCGGCCAUUACAAGGUGUCCAAUAAGGAUAAAGCGCUGACCUCGGCCCCCGCAGACAAACAUGGAGACAAGGCGGCUUACAAGCAGAAGAUGGUUGACUACAACAUGGCCAAGGAGGAAGACUGUCAUGCGAAGAACAAAUUUGACCGGAAAAAAUCAGAAGGCAGCAUAAUGGUUCCACCAAUGAGCUUCCCUAAAGAAGGCUUGUACCACCCAGUCUUCAUCAUCCAGACUGAACAGCAAGCUGAACAGUGUGUCUUUGCUACUGAGGUUUAACAACAGUAUUCUGACACCAGGAGUACCUUGACCAACAAGGGCUUUGCCUGAACAUGUUUACAGUCUUUCAAAGACAAUUCAAAAGAAUUGAAGAGGAUAUAUUAAAUCAACAUGUAUUAUUUAAUAUUUAUUCAUGCUGCUCAUUAAAAAUGAACUUUUUCACAACAUUGACAAUGUUUGGAUACAAUACGUGAAAAGUGGGGGCUGGAGAGUAGAAUGUAUGUUCCGGCAUCAUUUGCACUACAUUUUUAAAUAUAAUUUGCUUUCCAUUAAAAAUGAACAAAAAUAAAACUUUCCUCGGAAGAGGGCCAAGGAUUCACCAAUUACAGAGAAGCAGGACUUUUUACUCUCCUGAUGCCUUAUCGAAAAGAAAACGACAUCUCAAAUAAUCUAGAGGGACCUUUUUACAAUCCAUGAAUAAGAUGCCACUACAAUCCACUUGAGAAUCGAAAGUAACAGCAAGGACAUUUCCGUGGCCUCUUCAUUUUUUUUUCUGUCAAAGCGGGAAACAAUGUUCUAGCUGUCAAAGAACUGAAGAUGAAUGUUUACUGAAAGCUUAGAUGGACAGUUGGCUAUAGAUAUUGUAGUCUGGAGUGGCCGGGUGUCAUAUCUAGGCCUUCUGGUCCCUAAACUGGACUCCCUUUCCGUUUGGAAAUGAAUCACCAAUGUGCCCAAUCUUUCAGAGCAUUACAUAUAUACUUAGGGAACUCAAUCUUAUCAAGUGCCUGAUCUUUAAAUAAUGCUUUGACUUAAGGAAAAAUGGUACUGAUCUUACACACUGGCGUUUUUUGUUUGAUACUCUCUUUUUUUACAAACACGCUAGAAAGUCUUAUUUGAACUGGUUGAAAGUCGUAGUACAUGUAAAUUGAACAGUUUUAUUUUCUCAAUGCCUUUCAAUAUACAAUUUCCAUGUUGUCAAACACCCAGUGCUUUAUGACAUUCCCUUGACCUGAAUGAAGUGUAUUGUGCAUAAAGACUGCUUCCCCGAUGACAAAAUAUCAUAUCGUUUUAACCGACAGUGCUGGAUCUUUUUUGCAGAAUGAAGGACUCCAAAGAGGGGUUGUUCUUUUUCAUUUGAAACCAAAUAGUUAUAUUUUUUAAUAUUUGUAUUAUUGUCCUCUUUAAUUUAACAAUGCAAUGUGUACAUAACCAUGAAAUAUUAUUUGUAUUUAAUUUGUUUGUACAUCAUUUGUAUUUAUGAAGAGAAUUGUAUAUAUGUCUAUGUUAUGUGCUUAUUGUCACAAAAUCUAAAAAAUAUAUUUUUUAAUAAUAAAUCAGAAAAAACA